AUGAAACCGCAUCGAUGGUUCAUAGCUUUGCUCGUUGGCGCGAGUCUGCUCGUGGCCGCCGAGGAAUCCGUAGUAGUAGUAGGCGGCGACGGAAUGGAGGAUCCCCCCUCAAGUGACGUGAUACCCGAUUACGUUAUCCGCUACUUGAUCCAGUUCGGCUACCUGAGACCGCAAGACGCUCCGGUGGAUUAUCUGGAAAGGCUGGCCGCGAGAAACGAGCCGAUAGCAUUGCCGUUCCAACGGCGUCGCAAACGAUACGCCUGGUACGACGCACAGCAACAGCAGCAGCCAAUUAGGACGGCGCUCAAAAAUUUCCAAACUGUUGCAGGUAUACCAGGCAGCGGUUCACUGGACCACUCUACGGCGGCGUUGAUUGCUCGCAAGCGUUGCGGCAACUCCGAUCGAGACCAACAACGGUCGACCAAGAACGCGCUGCAUCGAGCAAACACGCUGCCGCCCGGUACGAUCACAUGGAAUUUACUGCCAGACGCAAACGGUCGGCCAGGCAGGAGCGAACAGCACCCAUUGCAGCAACUGACGCAAACGAUAGGACGCGCGAUGCACGCGUGGGCCAAAUGGUUUCGCACUAGACGCUUCCAGCUACGCUCUAAUCUCAGCACGGUCACGAUUCCAAUACGUUUCGCGCGGCUUCAUCACGGAGACGGCUUUCCGUUCGACGGCCAGGGCAAUCUUCUCGCCCAUGCGUACUAUCCGCCGGCAAGCGGAUUACACUUUGACUACGACGAGAAAUGGACAUUACCGGGCGAUAAAAACGACGGCGACGGCGUAGAUUUGUAUUGGACGGCAUUGCACGAAAUUGGCCAUUGCCUCGGCCUGCCGCAUUCGGAGGACGUGAGAUGCGUCAUGUUUCCAUUUUAUCGCCAAGUUUCCAUCGGAACAGCUGUACCGAACACAGACUUGCGCGCGCUGCGCGCGUUGUACGGCGACGGCGAGAUUCUUGAACCGCCGCCGCCGCCGCCGCCGGCACUGCCAGCAGCAACACCAACGACUCGCGCGGAACGUCGCGACGUACGCAGCGAUGAGGGCCGCCACGGGUGCAGCCGCGGUGACGUAAUGGAGCUCUUUGCAAAGUACGCGAUGUUGCGCGAAAUCGCGUGUGCCAUUCCGGAGCUGAGGCGAUAUGACGCGCUGGUCGGCCUGCGCGGCUGGUUCAUGCUGUUCAAGGGCACGUUAGUGUGGGCCUUCUCGCAGACGACUGCGCUACCGAUACGCGGCUUUCCGUUCGAGUGGACUCGUUAUUUCCAAUUGCCCCUGGAAUACGCCGCAGUCGACGAAGCCUCGCGCGUUGUAGACGCUGCCUUUGAAACGCCCGACAGCAUUGUGUUGUUUGUAGGAUCGACAUAUUAUACCAUGCGGUUACCGAGUCGUCAAGCCACCGAGCCGCGGCCGCUGUACAGCAUGGGGCUACCCAGAAACUUAACCCGAGUGUACCAUGCUGAAACUUUCUCCAACAGAUCGUACAUUUUCGCAGACGCUCCCAAACGACAAUACUGGCAGAUCGAUAAUCGCGUCAAUUACAUCGCUUGGAACUAUCCGCGAGAAUGGUAG